GUUCAUCAAUGGGCUCCCAACCCAAACCGCGUCUCAUGGGCCACCUCCAUCUCACGGCCCGCACAACUAGGCCCAAGCGGAGGUCCGAACUCGCGUGCACGGCCUGCGCCACUACAUGGGCUCGCGCCGCCCCACGCGCGAGCAUCUCACCAGCCCGGGCCAACUCGCGGCUCUCGCCCCGCUUGAUGUCAUCCGACCUGCGCCACUACAUGGGCUCGCGCCGCCCCACCCGCCCGCAUCUCACCAGCCCGGGCCAACUCGCGGCUCUCGCCCCGCUUGAUGUCAUCCGACCUGCGCCACUACAUGGGCUCGCGCCGCCCCACGCGCCCGCAUCUCACCAGCCCGGGCCAACUCGCGGCUCUCGCCCCACUUGAUGUUAUCCGGCCCAUUUUCUCUCUCAGCUCGCGGCCCGCCAUCGAAGUUGCCCCGAUCCGUCCAGCGUCACGAGAUCGCGCCCAACUACAACUCGCGGCCCGCUCCAGUGCCGCCAAGCCCAACAUGUCUCAACUAGCGUAUCUAGCCCAUCCAAGCACGCCCACAAAGGCGGAUUGCUGCCAAAAAAAUUGUUACCACCGCCAGCACUCGAACCAGGGUCCACCAAUUCACUAGAAUCCGCUUCAACCGUUAGGCUACAAGACAACAUGAUGCUACUGCUGCGCGGUGCCUGUACACAACUAUUUGCGUCGAGCUCAUCACCUUAAAGCUAAGUACUCUAUCCCUCUAUCAUGAUUAAAUAUUGAAAUGCUUUGCUUUCUUGAGCUUUUAUGGUGCUAAUGGGGGGCAAGACCUACCCAACAACGUGAGAGAUGAGAAACUCACCAAGUUCUUGACGCCUUGAAGACUCCAAACUGAGGGUUAAAAACCCCGACGAGGAGCCACAAAUAAGUCUCAACGAAGCACACAAAUAAGACUUCAAUAAGAGCAUCGAAGACUCCAAACUGAGGGUUAAAAACCCCGACGAGGAGGGCUCCAAACUGAGGGUUAAAAACCCCGACGAGGAGCCACAAAUAACUCUCAACGAAGCACACAAAUAAGACUUCAAUAAGAGCAUCGAAGACUCCAAACUGAGGGUUAAAAACCCCGACGAGGAGGGCUCCAAACUGAGGGUUAAAAACCCCGACGAGGAGCCACAAAUAAGUCUCAACGAAGCACACAAAUAAGACUUCAAUAAGAGCAUCGAAGACUCCAAACUGAGGGUUAGAAACCUCGACGAGGAGAACUCCAAACUGAGGGUUAAAAAAAAAACGACGAGGAGAGCUCCAUGAAGAAUCUACAAUGAGUGAGGGCUACACGCCUUAAUGAAAUACACCAACUGGG